CUGGUCCAGAUGCGAACAGAAGAGAUUGGACUGAACGACUUCCUCUUCAACCGAAGAAUGCUAGAGGUCGUCAGCGCACGAUGCGAGUGCGGAGAGAGAAGACAGACGGCCGCUCACAUCCCGCUCCGAUCCAGGAUUCAUAAGGACCUCCGCAACCAGGUGUUCGAAAACCUCUCUGGACGACACAACCUCGGGCCGUCCUGA